AUGGAUGCUUGCCAAACUGUUGAUGCUGAUGUUGAAAAAAUCUUAGCCAAGUACAAAAAAUAUGGGCCAAAAUGGCAGUUUCAGUUGAACAGAUACAUUUCUACUUUAGAAAGACUUAAAAAAGAAAUUGAAAGUCAAAGUUCUAAACCUGAUGUUUUUGAACUGUCUUCGACGAUAUUACAAAUGAAACUUGCAAUAAAAGAUAUGUCUAACGAACACAGACGUUGGCACAGUGAUGUUUCAAGAAUUGGCAAAAGUAUCGACAAGAAUUUUGUUAUUGAUUACACCGAAGCUAGUAAUAGAAAAGCAUUUAAAACAGAUUAUGAAAAGAAAUUACUCAAUAAAAUAAUUUGUGUACAUUUAUACAGAGACUCUAAAUGGGACGUUGCUGAAGAAUUUUUAAAAGAAGCUGGCAUUAUUGUCGAUUACAGACAUAAACAACGUUACUUACAUUUAAAUCAUAUUGUUGAUAGCUUAAGACGGAAUGAUCCUAAACCAGCUUUUGAGUGGGUACAACAAAAUAAAACUCAUUUAGAUGCAAAAAAGUCUGAUUUAGAGUUCAAACUUCAUCAAAUUGUGUUUUUAAAUAUUUUGAAUCGAGGUGAUCAGUACGAGGCAGUGUUGUACGCUCGUACAAAUUUUAGUAAAUUUGUUGACAAACAAAAAGAAAUACAAUCUACAAUGGGUAUGCUGUUGUAUCCGCCAAACAUAGGACAAAUGCGCACUGAGGUUAUAGAUCUCUUCAUAAAGGACUCUUGCUUAAGUGACGAUGACUUAUUAAAUGUAAGUGUUAAUGUUGGCUGCUCAGCCUUGCCUUCUCUUUUGGAUAUUAAACAGGCCAUGUGCAGAGAUGUGGGCGGCGUUUGGAAUGAAAAUGAUGAACUGCCAAUCAAAAUCGACACUGGUUUUGCAUACCACUCUGUUUUUGCGUGUCCUAUACUAAGGACAAGAAGUGGCGAGUCUAAUCCUCCGAUGAUGUUAGUUUGCGGUCAUGUAAUAUCUAAAGACGCACUUAACAAAUUGGAGAGAUCCGGUCGAUUAAAAUGUCCAUACUGCCCUAAGGAACAACUUCCGUCUGAAGCUAGAAUCUUACAUUUUUAAAAAAUAAAUAAUAAUAAAUGGCUGCUGUAUAAAAAAUAAUUAAUAUUGUCUAAUUACAAGUACUGUAAAUAAUUAAAAAUAUAUUUGUAUGUAAACUAGUUAUGAUUAAGUAGAACAUAGAAAUUGUUAAAAACUUAAUAUUAUUUACACAACUUAUGAGGUUAUAAUUUAUUGUUGUUAUUAUCAGUUAUUUAAAUAAAUUUUAAAAAAAAUAUUGUAUAUAAUUGAGCUAUUUGAAAAAUAAUGUAAAACUAAAUUAUAAUUUGAACACCCCGACAGAUUCUUAAAUAUUAGUUUUUUUUUUUAUGUAUUAAAUGUUUGUUCUUUAAUGUUUUGUCAAAGAAGUAUACAGGAAGUUUUAAAAUUAAGAUUUAGGUUAAUAAAAACUGUUUAAGUAUAUACAUUUUAUUAUAACCAUAGUUAAAUAUUAUUACUAUUAUUGUCAUAAGUGUUGGAAAAACAUUUUUAAAUAGUAUAAAAUACAGGUUAAUGUUUUCAAUAACUAACUACUAUUAACUAUAUUAAUCCUAUACACUAGUGACUUAAGUAUUUUAUUUAAGAGAAUUAUAUUAUUCUAUGUCUACAUACACAAUUAUAGUACUUAAAGGUACAAAUAUUGGUAUAAGCUGUUAAUGAUUAAUGGUAGGUUAGGUACAAUAAAGUGGAUGUAUAAAACCACAUUGUGUACUGAAAAAAUGUUAACAAUAAUUAAUACUUAAGGUAUUUAAAACAUGUUCUUAAAUUGUUAUUGUUUUCUUUUUUUUAUAUAUUUAAAUUUUGUUCAAUAACGAACCUAGUUUUUUUUAUGUUGGGCUUAUCUUUUUUACUAUGUUAAAGUUCUAAUUAAUUAUGUUGUAAACAAAACAACUUAUCCAAUCUAAAACUAUUUGGUUAUUGAUGACGCGAUGUUUUAUGAAAAAAAUUAAACUAUACCUAGUAACUUUUUUCGGAAUAAAAUAUUUUUGCUAUAAUUUUAAUCUUUUAGCUUCACAACAAAACCACAAACCAUUAGGUUAUUAUAAAUUAUAAUAUAAUUAAAAAGUAUACAAGGUAUCUAUUUAAUCACAUGAGAAUAAAUUAUCACUUUCAAAUUGUGUAGAAAACAAUAACAAAACUAAUAUAAGUAAUAACAAAACAAAAAUGUCAGCUGCAUAUUGAUAAAGUCGCAAACAGUUUUUAUUUAUUUGACUAAUUUUUUAAAGCAUCAUUUAUCGCUUCAGCGACAUAAUUUAUGUUAUUUAGGUUCAACCCACAGACGUUGAUUCGUCCUGACCGCAAGCAAUAAAUGUGGUAUUUACUGCGUAAAUAAUCUGCUUGACUAGCUAUAAUUAAAUACAUGAAAUGAAAAAUUAAUAACUAAUAAGUGAAAAUUAUACAAAAAUGUCAAUAUACAAUACCUGUCAAUCCUGUAUAAGAAAACAUUCCAAUUUGAUCAGUAAUAUGAUUCCAUUUUCCGGGUGCGUUAAGUUUCUCCAAGUUUUCUCUCAAUGCAGCUCUCAUCUCUUUUAUUCUACUUGUCAUUGUUUUUAAAGUAGUUAACCUAAAAUAAGAAAGUUUGUUGUUUAACAAUGUUAUCAUAAUAUAUUCCACGGUAUCAACUUACCAUUCAUUUUUCAGCUCACUGUCGUUUAAUAUAAUACUGACAACACGUGCACCGUGAUUUGGUGGGUUUGAAUACAUCCCUCUUACAAUCAUGGUCACUUGUGAUUUUACCGUUUUGGCAUAUUCUCCAGAAUUCAUAACAAAAGUCAAGUUACCUACUCGUUCAUCUGGAAAAUUUGUUUUGGCAUAUAAUCACAGACAAAAUAUAUUCUUAAUGUUUUAAUACUAACUGUAUAAACCAAAAUUUUUAGCAAAAGACUGGGAGCACACAAAUUCGAAUCCUUGACUGAGAAAAUAACGAACUGACCACGCAUCUUCUUCAACAUUGCCUGAUGCGAAUCCUUGAUAGGCAUUAUCAAAGAAUGGUAUUAAUUUUCGUUCCUAAAAUUAAUUUGAAAAUUAGUUAUUACUUAUUAUACAUUGUAAACUAACAUAAUAAAUAUAAAAACCUUCAUUAUCUCUGCAAUUUUUUUCCACUGGUCUUUAGUUGGAUCAAGGCCUGUGGGAUUAUGUGCACAACCGUGCAGUAUGAUAACCGAGUGUUCUGGUGCAUUCCUUAAGUCAUCAUAGAGUGCUUCAGUGUUUAUAGAUUUUGUAAUUUCAUCCCAGUAACGAUAUUUUCUCGCUUCUUUAAAUCCACUGGACAUAAAUAUCAAAUGAUGAUUUUCUAAAAAAUGAUAUGUAUCUUAUUAUACAUAACUAACUUCAAUAAGACAUUAGUAGAUUUAUAUCUACUAAUGACUGUUUUAUAUAAUUGUGUACUUUCAUUUUCUAACCAAUUAACACUAUAACAAGUAUCAGUUAAUAUCACUAUAAUAAGCGCUAUAAGAGACAAUAUAAUUAUGUGCGGCCCUUUUAUUUUAUUUAAAUAACAAAUAUUUGUAUACAAAUUUUAAGUGCAAUACUUUUUUAAUCAUCUUACUUCGAUUUUAAGAUUUACUAGUGCAAAUAAUUGAUAUGCCUCAUAACGUUACACAUAUUAAAAAUUUAACUAUUAUUAUAAUAAGAACUAGAUCAAGGUUAAGCGAACUCCUAGAGACAUUCUCUAUGUUUAAUAUUGAUAAAAGAAUUAGUUAAGCGACUCAGAGAUAGAUACGCUCACAAUUGAAGAAAAACUCAAAAUAUAUAAUAUACAAUCAUGCAUUUCGAUCUCUUUAAAUUUUAACAACCCCAAAUAAUAGUAUUUUUAGAUUUUCUAAGCUUCUUUAGAACUUUGAAGUGAAUGGUCUAGCCGUUUAAGAACUGCGAAAAAUAUGCCUUUCAAUACUGAGAAAGACGUGUUACACAUUAUUAAUUUCCAACUUUAUUCUAUAUAAAUAUUUAAAAUUAUUGAUGUUUACUUAUUUAUUUAUUUUUAAAUUAUUAUACUUUAAUGUUCAUUAUAGAUAUUUCCAUGUUUAGUGACCACACUUGGCCACCAAAAAUGAUUAUUAUUUUUUUUUCCCCCACUUAUUUAUCAAUAUUCUUAUUAUUAAUAUAAAAAAAUCUUCUGUGGCAACCUAUAGAUAUUAGACAGCCGCCUUGUUUUUUUUAUUUAAAAUAAUGGUUAUGUUAAUUUGUAAAAAUUAGUUAAGCAUUGUAUUUUUUACACUUAAGAAUAUGACUAUAUUAUGUUCAUUGCUCAUUACAACAUAUUGUAUACAAUCGUGUAUUAUUUUAUGUAUUUAUCUAAUCUCCUGAGCGUUUACGUGAGCAAAGCCUUAUAAUUUAGAUAUUAUAUAUAACUAUAUAAGUACAUUUUUUUUUUUUUUUAAUGAAUAAA